GCGCGCGUUGGAGGGCGCGAGGGAAGCGUGAGCCGUUGGGUGCCUCCGCGCCUCUCAGCCCGCGCGAGCUCUGGGGGAAACGCUUUCCAGGAAACGCCGCGUUUGGAAGUUAAACGCUUCCACAUGAAGAGCUGACUUGCUUUGUAGGAAAGGGCUGCGGACCCUUUCGAGGGCAAAGAGAAAAUUCCUCUUUUCUGUUCGUUGUCGGUGCAGCUCGCCGGCUUUGUAUGGCGUGAAGCGGAGAGGGCAAAGCGGCGUACGGGCAGCCUUUUUUUUUAUAAAACAACAACAAAAGUACAAGAAUGCUAUUAUGACUAAGUCUUCUCUAUCUUUCCCCUCUUUUAUAAUAAAACUGCUGGCUGCGACGGACUAAGCAAUGUUUUUGGAUGUCUGCGGUAGGAGCUUGUGUUUUGUCGAGUUUCGUGAACUCUCUGAACUACUAUCUGUCUAAUACAGCUUUUCGUUUUUGCUGCCCUCUGCACAAAGUCAACACCAAAAACGUUUUGGCUUUCUUCCAGGUAGUUCACAAAAAAGAUGAAUGUUUUCCCAUCAUGUCUCUCCAAGCUGUAACUGUAGCUAGCUACGCCCGAACGGAAGUCUUCAAACACUCCAGUUUUAAAAAGUUAAAUCAGGAAAGCUAUAAGGAGACUCUUACAGAGACGGUGUAUUCUUCAAAUCCCUCGGUGUAUACUCCAGCGAGGAUUAGCUGUCUUGCUCCGACACCUCAGAUCUCAGUUCUGUCAGAUGACUACUCAAGGCCAGCAGUGAUCGGACAUGCGGGAAGUUUUGGAUCGUACCCAGAUAGCGCUGAAGCUAUCAAAGACAUUCUUGUGUCUGUUCUAAAUGGAUCUGGUGUGAAGCCCUCUUUGCUGUCAGAGCAGACCACGAUGCAGAGAACUGAACGUCCAGACAGUGACCUGGAGCGGUGGGAGGAGAGUAGUGAUGGGGAUAACAAUGAUGACAGCGAUAGCGAUUCCGCUCAUCACAGUGCUGCUUAUACACAAACAGACAUAAGGUUUACAAGGCAUCGAGUCUGUUGGGACAAUAGACAGUGCGAUUCCUCUAAAUCUUUGCUGGAUUCUUUCUUUUGCCCACGUUAUUCUGACAGGGAUCCCGCUACCUCCUCCUUGAAUGGUUUCUCUUUUUCAGAAGUAUCGCCUCUGAAGCGGGACUGCUUUACCCAAGUGACCUUAACAGGAGGCACGGUCACAUCAGCUGUUGUGCAUGGUGGAAAAGAACAUCAAAAAUCUUACAGUCCCCCUGAACGAGACUUGGCUUUUACAAGUUUUCUCCCAGAUUCAACUGUUAGUAAGCCAGUAGAUCCAUUAAAAUACCCAGGUGCUUUGGAGCCUGCACCUGUCAGCAACGGUGACUGCAGUUCUCCAUGUGGGUUUUCGCAGUUGGAGCCAUCAGAUCAACCAGGGUCUGCUUCACCUUUGAACAUAAGUGCUAUUCCCUUGAAUCGUUCCUUGCCGGAUAUAUUUGUACUUCCAGAAGAUGUGGAGAAGGAGAACGCGCACUUCUUUGUUGCAGAUAUGAUUAUAGCAUCCCUGGAAAAGAUGAAAUGUAAUAUCCUAAGGCAACAGUCAGAGUCCUGGGGUCUGGAGGAAACCAGUGGACCAGAUGGCAGCUAUCACACUGAUUUGGAGUUAUCUUCCUAUCCAGGAGUAAAGAAGUCAGAUUCUUCUGUUGCCUCUUCAGACAGUGGUUAUGAAGGCUGUGCUCUGCUGAAUGUCAGCUCCUCAGUACAUCUACCAUCACAUCACGAGGUUGCCAGAUUUCCAUGCCACAGUGACUCAGAUGAUGAGUAUGUAAUUAUUGAACUCGAAGACCUUGAAAAUCUGUCCGUCUCUCCAGAUGAAAGAUCAUCUUUUGAACCAGGCUGUAAUUCUGCUGAAGCAACAGCUCAGGAGCUGUACAGAGCUUUCAGAAAACGCUGGUUGCAGAGAGAAGAAGCUGCAGUUCAACUAUCUGGUUGCCUGAGCUCAUCUAACCAGAUUGCUGUGCUGAAAGAAGAGAUUCCAAGAGAGCUGGAGUCCAGUUUGAAUCUGGCUGAAGAAAUAAAGAUUAUAUCCAAAUUAAGAGGAUCUUCUGGCUGGGCCCCACCAAGAUCUCAGAUUAUAUUUAGUAUUCACCCUUCAGUCAAGAGAGAUGCUGUGGUAGCUGCCCAGAACUUUACAUGUGUUGGUUGUGGAACCCCGAUAGAAAGCAAAUAUAUCAGGAGACUCCGCUAUUGUGAUUACCUGGGGAAAUACUUUUGUGACUGUUGCCAUUUCAUUCCUGCCCGAAUACUUAUGAAAUGGGACUUCCAAAAAUACUACGUGUGCAACUUCGCCAAACACCUACUGGACAGCAUAUGGCACCACCCAAUUUUCAAUGUGUCAUGUAUCAACGCAGCCCUCUAUACAAAAACAAAAGAAAUGGACAGGGUGAGGGAGACACAAGAACAGCUUUUUCAUUUAAAGAAACUAUUGAAAACCUGCAGGUUUGGUGAAAGGGUACUGAAAGAUUUUGAACAGGUCCCAAGCCAUCUGACAGAGGAGCUGCACCUCUUCUCACUGGAUGACCUGGUGAAGAUCAAACGAGGGCAGUUACUGCCCCUUCUUAAAGAUAUUCUGAAGAGCUCCACCUCUCAUGUGGAUGGUUGUGAGCUCUGUCAAGCAAAGGGGUUUAUCUGUGAAUUCUGUCAGAGUGCGGAUCUAGUCUUUCCGUUUCAGAUUGCCAAAUGCAAAAGAUGCGCAGAGUGCAAAACAUGCUUUCACAAAGCAUGUUUCAAGUCUGGAGGCUGCCCCAAAUGUCUGCGGAUUGCAACUCGGAGGAAGCUUUCAGAAACUCCCUCAUUUGUGCCUCUGUGAAACCGGAUUCCUUCUGCGAUGACUGUGGAUUUCAGAAGAUACUUAAAGCUAAAUCUUUAGGUGCCUGACUAUGAAUUAGAUAAUGUUGUUUUAGACAUUAUUUUUAAUGAACGUCUUAUUUAAAAAAGAAAAAAAACUUUGAUAUUAUCCUUGAAACAGUUAAUAUCCCCUAAAACAGUUUCACCUUACCUGGUGACAGAAAGACUCGAUGUUAUUUCUGCGAGCAGCAUUUUGCUGCUAUGUUUUGUCCUGUAUGUAGUAUUUUUUUAUAUAUUUUUCAAUGUAAAAAUGGUUCCUACCUGUAACUCUGCAUAUAAUGUAUAGAUAGUAAAUAAGUUUUGGAGAUUCUUACCUGUGUCAGACUUCAGAAAUAGAAAAAGUGAUAAAAUAUGAAAUCAUUCGCUCCUAAGACUCUGGAAUAGGAAAAGCUCGUCUGUAAGCUUGCUGUAAAUGCUGAUCUGAGAUUCUGUUCUGGCAAACACUCCUGUGAAAUGGUAACUUGUAGGUUUGUCUUUUAAAAAGAAGUAUGUAACAGCUCUAUAGAAAUAUCUUUCCAGACCUCUUUCCAGCAAUAUGAGGAAAGGUAGUGGGCAAGCAGGAGAAAUACUCCUUUCUAGCUCCACCCUCUCAUCUGGAGUAUUCUGAAUCCUUGCUUGAAGAGAAAGGUAACGUAUGGGAAGCUGAAAGCUGCUUUCCUUCCCAACACCACUGGUUACCUCUAUACUUGAGAGAGAACCUGGAACAGUGUUAUGUUGCUGCUAAGAUGGAUCUUAGUGCUAUUCAUUGGAAAUGCUGGGAGUCUUUCCAAACCUUUCGUAGGCAGGGAAGCACCUCAUUCCUUCAGAAAAUUUAGAGCAACUGCUUGAAUCUGUGAAACAAUUUUUCUGUUUCUGUGCCACCUCUGAAAUACUAAUGAACAGAGAAACCUAAAAACCUGGAAGCACGUACUAAAGUUGCUUGCUCCCCAAAAGGAUGUUCUUAACAUUUUGAAUUUGUUGUUCUUGUUUUGGCCUUUGUUCUUCAUCUUCAUACCUGCUAGCUCCAGCUGUUAGGAAGGGAAAACCAGCUGUCUGUAACUGGUAUCUGUGAAUUUCACCUCCAAGCUAACUCUUACAGUACUAGCGAGCUCACUAAGUGUUUCACUUAGCUUUUUUUUUUCCUCCGUGGAUGAAAACAGCUUAACUACUUAUUGCUUAGAAGCAAGGUUAUAAUCUUUCUCAGCAUCACCAAACGGAUAGUGACGUAGGCGAGACGUGAUGAGAAAGGGCCUGCUUAUGUGGUGGCUGACUGUGUUUAAUAUUAGGCAGGAGUAAA